UUGUGAUUCGUCCAAGAACGUUUAGUAUAGGAUCGAAGUGAUGGAGCUUUAUAGGAGUACGUUCCUUCUAGCCGCAUCGGCUAUCAUCCUGCUUGCCUGUCCCACCGGGGCGCUAGCCGGAUGCUGUUGCCCGACUUUUUGGACUGCCUUCGAUCAUCAUUGUUAUAGGUUCUUUAGCCAGAAUUUGACUUGGAAUGAAGCUGAGCGGUUUUGCCAGUCUUACACCGUACCUUCACUCAGUGGCGAGGCAACAAGUCCGGACACAAUGGCUCACUUAGUGUCGAUUCAUUCUCAGCCCGAACAAAACUUCAUCAAUAUUCUUUACGAAUCCUCUCGAAGGAAGUCGAGUGAUUCUUUGGAUCUUCAUGGUGGUCUUUGGCUUGGUCUUCACGAUCGAUUAAUGGAAGGUGAUUUCAUGUGGUCAGACGGAACCCCUAUGGACUUCCAUGCCUGGGCACCCGGACAACCAGAUUCCAGUACAAGGGAUUCGAACUGUGGUGUCGUGCGAUCAAGUUCACACACCGGGCUCUGGCGCGAUGGGCCGUGUAUCCAACCACCAACAGGAAUAAUCCAUUACUUCAUCUGUAAACUACCGAUGUGGUAGAAGAAUUCCGUUCACCAAAAACUCUUGACGGAAUUGAUUAUCACAGUUAUAUCUACUGUAAUAUCAAGGAUGGACCUAUUCACUCUUAUUUGGUUGCAGAAUGCCGUUGGAGCGGUUUGAUAGGGGAUGGACGGGGAAUAAGACAUAGGCCUAUAGUGGCUGACAUUAUGGUGCCGUAAUAUUUUGGCAUACUUACCGUAACCUUCGAGUGUGCACACGAAAUAAAUUGAUUUUGAAAAAAGAACUCUCCCAGUGGAUCACAAUUAGACAAAUUGUGACUCCUUUUUCCCCUGACGUGUUAGAUAAGUACUAAAUAUCCCAAGACUAAACUGCUUAUUUGUACAAGCAAGACCAGAAAAAUAUUUUAUCAAUUAGAGUGGAAUCGUUAUUUCGUCACCCACAUUCGUUAGGUGCCAGCAUAAUCAGGAGUGUUUCAUGAAAGAAAUUGUCGGAAGUUUUAUCCGACAAGUCCUGUUUUAUCUGACAGUCAGUGGCGUACCGUGGGUCACGGCAUUGGGGGGGCACCAGCAAAAAUUUUGAGUCACUAAGUGAGCGCGCGAAGCGCGCUCAGUUGCCAGGUAUACUGACCAAAUAGAGACAUUUUAAGGACAGUGCUAUUAAACGGAUAUUCUCUCACUGGUCAAAUAAUGCGAGCGCGAAGCGCGAGCUUAAGAUUUUUGAUAUUCAGACCUAAAAAGAGACAUUAUAAUCAAUAUUUUGUAAUCAUGAUACGUACCUGUCUAAAUAAUGCGAGCGCGAAUCGCGAGCUGAAAUUUUUGUAAAUAUUGACCCCAAACAGGACGAUUUUAAGGACUAUAUUUUAGGAAUCCAUUAAGAGUAUACACAUCUCACCAUAGUCAUCUAAUGCGAGUGCCAAUAAGCGCUUGCUGAUUUUGUUAGAAUAACAUUUUAACAUGCUCAUAAAGCACUUGUUAUCAUGAUUAACAUACCCAUCUUACUAAUCAAAUCUUGCGAGCGCGAAGCGCGAGCUGAAAAUUUAGGAAAUUCAGACCUGAAGAGGGGCAUUUUAAGGCUUGUUUGUAGGAAUUCACGGAGACUAUACAUGGUUUAUAACCAAAUGAUGCGAGCGCGAAACGCGAGCUGAAAAUUUUUGAUAUUCAGAUUAGAAAAAGGGACAUUUUAAGGACUGAUUCUAGGAAUUUAUGGAGAGCAGACAUAUUUCACCAAUCCACUACUGCGAACGUAAGCACGGACAGGAAAUGUUUUAUAUUAAGACCUGAAAAUGGGGCAAUCUCUUUAAGUAGUCAUGAAAAAGAAGCAUACUAUAAUAAAACAAUAAUAACUCGAAAUGCGAGGAAAUAUAUUUGGCAGCUUGGUGUAUGUUGACUUGAAAACGGGAGGUUUUAGUAUAACAGGAUUAUAUUUCUCGGUAAACACACAAUGCGAGCACCAGGAACAAUGAAGACAUAGGCCCUGAGCAAAUUAUGUUUCAUAAACUUAUUAAAGAAAAUGUUUCUUAUGUAUUUUAAUAUAACAUAAUUAUGAUAUGAUAUAAAAUUAUAAUGAACAAUAGUGUCUUCUUUCCCACUACGUUUCUCUUCCUUUCUCCCUCUUUUUCUCCUUUUCCCCGUUUUUUUUUUUUUUUUUUUUUUUGGUCAGCCGAUUGGGGGGGGCACGUGCCCCCCAUGCCCCCCCGUAGUUACGCCACUGCUGACAGUUACCAUGGGAACCUUGCUUCUGAGCCAAUCACAAUCAAGGAAAGUUGUCAGAUCUGACAACUUGUCAGACUUAGAAGUGUUGAUUCAUUGAAUUGAAUUGAAUUGAAUUGAACUGAACUGAAUUGAUGAAACGCCCCCAGAAGUGAAUGUAUGUGUGUAUUCGAUUCAUCUCGCACCCCGAAUUUAUUUUCUUUCCGAAUUCAAACUGUAUAGUAAAACUCAAAAUUUCACAUUGCUAGCUGCACGUGUUUGCCUUUGGGCAAUUCCAUAAAAAAUGUACGUCCGACCCCAUGUAUGUGAGACCUUCAUUAUGAUUUUUUUCUCUCUGAUUUCUAGUUCUUUCGACAGUCUGUAAUGCUCUCAAAUUAAUUAUCAUAUCUUGGUCAGUUUAUGAAGUGAAGUAAAACUUGAGGAAAAUGGGGGUCGGAUGUAGCGAUUGAGUCCAUGUGAACAAAAAACCAUUACCACUCUCUAUAGUUUAAUUAGAGAAGGAUAAUUUAGUAAUUGCACGAAAGAUUUCUAGUUAAAUUUGUCACCUGAUUGGCCAAAUGUGUUUGCCUCCGUAACUGACCUGUAAAUGAAUGCGAGCGAGCACCGAGACCGAGAGAAAAUGAAAAGCAUGUGUAACGUUUACAGCAAAAUACAACAUGAGCCUGUAAUUUGAUCACUUUAACUGAUGUAACCGUUUGUGAAUUUGGUCACUCACACAAUAUGCUUUUGAUCUAAAAACGUACAGUUUCACUUUUAUUCCAUAUAGCUUGCUGCAUCCAUUUGUUAAUACAACAAUAGCAUUGAAUAUUUUGUGAUUAAAAAGACCCCGAAAGUCGGGCGUAAGAUUGUCUUGAAUGAUGCACGUUUAAGAUGGAUUUUGAUUGUGUGGGUUUUAAUUGUUGGCCACUUAAACCGAAUCACGUGUUAUAUUAAUAUGUCUCUGUUUUAAAUAUUGUUGUGUCUAUUUUAUAUGUUUAUUUUUCAAUUUGUUGACUUAAAAAAAUAAAUGAAAAUGUAAAUAUGAA